AACGAGUUCCUCAUAACAGAUCGAAAAUUCAAGUAAGUGAGACGCAAAUUAGAAGCAAUCCGGACGGUAUCGGAUUGCUAGUUCCAAGCUUAAGAAUAACCUCGAGUGCAAAAUUCAGCUCUAAUCAAACACUUCAGCUCGUAACGCUGAUUUUGUCGAGUUAAGAAGAUUCACAAAAUCACUGUAAGAGUCAUCAUGAAAUUCGUUCUUGCUACAGUUUUGGUGGCCGGUUUGUGCCUGGUCCAUGCUGAUGAUUACAAUGGACGAAAAAUGUCAUUCUCAGCUACCGAUGUGUCUCGAUUUACGGCCAAAUUCUCUUCGGUUGAACAUGUUCACAACGAUUUGGAGGUGUUCACCAACCAGCAGCUGGAGAAAUCCUACGACUACCUGCUGCUGGCGUUCACCUUCGACAAGUACGACCUGAACCGGCCAGGAUUCGAGAAGCUGUACCGCAAGAUCUCGGACAAGGCUUGGGAGGAUACCGAGGGUCUGAUCAAGUACCAGGCUAAGCGAGGCCUGACCGUCAACAUCAAUGGAGUGCAGAGCGCGGUUGUUGGACUACUGAACGAGGGUAAGGUUGGCAAAACGAGCCUGCUGGAUAGCGACGAGCUGUCCUCGCUGAAGCUGGCCCUCAGCUACGAGAAGAUCCUGGCCGACGAAAGCCAUCGCAUCCACAAGAAGAUCUCGCACGCCCACGAUAAGGCUAACUGCUACGAUCCCGAUGUGGCCCACUACCUGGACGAGGAGAUCAUCGAGUACCAGAGCGGUGUGAUCCGGAAGCUGACCGGCUACAUCCACAACCUGAACAGCAUCAUCGAGGAAUCAAACACCAAGGAUAUGGGCAUUCACAUGUUCGAUGAGUAUUUGGAAAAAGCAGAAUAAGUUAAGGUUCCGAAAGAAGUGUGCAAGUCAGAAUAAUCCCAUCGCAGAUAUAAAAAAUAGUCAACCAUUUGGAAAAGAUCUAGCUAGAUUCAUUAGAAAACUGUAAAGAAUAAAACAAGUACAAAAUUCGAAACCCUGUCGCUUGCAGUAAAAUCUAAUUCAAUAAAGAAAAUUCAUAAGUA